AUGGAUGGAGUAAUAUUAAAUGACACCUCAGAGAUGGAAUUCUACAUCCUGGCAUUCUCCACAUCUGAAAAUGGUAGAAUUGUGCUGUUACUAGCCAUUGUACUGACUUAUCUAUUAAUUCUCAGUGGUAACCUUAUUAUUAUUGUACUGGUGUGUCUUGUGUCCCAGCUACACACGUCCAUGUACUUCUUCCUAUGUAAUCUGUCCAUAUUAGACAUCUUUUAUGUCUCUACAACUCUCCCCAAGCUGUUGUAUAUUACUUACACCGGUGACCAUGCUGUAUCCUACAUUGCCAGCAUAACUCAAUUAUGUUUAUUCCUCUUCUUUGCUGAUGUAGAGAUUUUCUUACUAACAACAAUGGCCUUUGACCGCUAUGUAGCAAUAUGCUUCCCUCUACAUUACUGGCUCAUUAUGAGUAAACGAGUUUGUGCCUUACUGGCAUUCCCCGCAUGGUUUAUCGCUGCCAUCAAUGCUUUAAUAUUUACUUGGUUUGCAAUUGGCUUACGCUUCUCUCAUUCUAUUGAAGUCAACAAUUUCCUUUGUGAACUAAAAGCUUUGCUUAUCAUAUCCUCCAGUGACACCACAUUCUUAAAGAAAUGCAUUAUGUUCGAUGCAGUAUUAGUUGGGUUUGCUCCCCUUACAUUGAUAUUGACUUCCUAUGGUUGCAUCAUUUCCACCAUCUUAAAAAUUCAGUCCCUGGUGGGGAGACGCAAGGCAUUCUCAAGCUGUACUUCCCAUUUAACAGUUGUUGUGUUGUACUUUAGCUCAGCCAUAACCUUGUACGUGCAAUAUUCUCAAGAGCAAGACAAGCUCCUAUCAGUGAUGUUUGCUACUUUGUCUCCAAUGCUAAACCCCCUAGUGUAUAGUUUGCGUAAUAAAGACAUCCGAAGAGCUAUGGCAACAGUAUUCCAUGGAAAAAAAUCAUGA